AAGCGCCUGGAGGAGAUUCUGCUGGAGCGGUCACCGGCGGGUUGCCUGAGCGUCGAGACGCUCCUCGACCUCCUCCUCUGCGUGCACAGCGAGUGCUCCAACUGUCCGCUCAAGAGGGAGAAGCACGUCACCGACUUCCUGGACUGGGUGAAACCCUUCACCUCGGCCGUCAAAGAGCUACGACUGCACCGGGAUGACUUUGAGAUGUUGAAGGUGAUCGGACGCGGAGCUUUCGGCGAGGUCGCCGUGGUGAAGAUGAAGCAAACGGAGAGGGUUUACGCCAUGAAGAUCCUCAAUAAGUGGGACAUGUUGAAGCGAGCUGAGACGGCGUGCUUUCGCGAGGAGCGCGACGUGCUCGUGAGAGGAGACAGCCAGUGGAUCACCACGCUGCACUUUGCUUUUCAAGACGAAAACUACCUGUACCUGGUGAUGGACUACUACGUAGGCGGGGACCUGUUGACGCUGCUCAGUAAAUUUGGGGACCGUCUGCCGGAAGACAUGGCCAAGUUCUACGUGGCCGAAAUGGUGCUGGCCGUGCACUCGAUCCACCGGCAGCGCUACAUUCACAGAGACAUUAAACCCGACAACGUCCUGCUGGACGUCAACGGCCACAUUCGCCUGGCCGACUUUGGCUCCUGUCUGCGUAUGUUGGACGACGGCACGGUGCAGUCUUCGGUGGCGGUGGGCACGCCGGACUACAUUUCCCCAGAGAUCCUGCAGGCCAUGGAGGACGGCAUGGGCCGCUACGGUCCCGAGUGCGACUGGUGGUCUCUGGGCGUGUGCGUCUACGAGAUGCUGUACGGAGAGACGCCCUUCUACGCGGAGUCUCUGGUGGAAACCUACGCAAAGAUCAUGAACCACGAGGAGCGAUUCCAGUUCCCGGCAGACGUGAGCGACGUGUCGGAUUCGGCCAAGGACUUGAUCGGGAGGCUUCUGUGCUCGCGCGAGCGCCGGCUGGGAUCCAACGGGAUCUCCGACUUCAAGACGCACCCCUUCUUCAGCGGCAUCGACUGGGACAACAUCCGUUCGGCCGAGGCGCCCUACAUCCCCGAAGUGUCUUCGCCCACCGACACGUCCAACUUUGACGUGGACGACGACGUCCUCAAGAACCCGGAUGUCACCCCGCCGAUGUCCCAUUCCGGCUUCACGGGGCAACACCUCCCCUUCGUGGGCUUCACCUACACCACCGGCAGCCGCUUCUCGGACCGCGGUGGCGGCGAAGAGGCGGGCGACGUGGAGUCCUUCCAGAGGAGGAUCCGGAGUCUGGAGCAGGAAAAGCAGGAACUCGACCGCAAACUGCAAGAGUCAACACAGGCUCCGUCUACCGGAGGAACAUUGACUCGAGACAAAGAGAUCAAGAAACUGAAUGAGGAGAUCGAGCGGUUGAAGAAGAAGCUGGCAGACUCUGAUAGGCUGGAGCACCAGCUGGAGGAGGCGGUCACCCUGAGGCAGGACAUUGACAGUUCCACCUCCAAGCUGAAGAACCUGGACAGGCAGGUCAAGACUCUCAGACAGGAGAAGGAAGACGCCCACAAGCAAAUGCAGGAGGCCCUGGAGCGCCUGAGAUCUCAGUCCAAAGAACUGAAGGAGGCUCAUUCCCAGAGACGGCUGGCCCUCCAGGAGUUCUCGGAGCUUUCGGAAAGGACGGCUGAGCUGCGCUCCUCCAAGCAGCGCCUCUCUCGACAGCUUCGGGACAAAGAGGAGGAGGCGGAUACCCUCCUUCAGAAAAUGGAGGUCAUGAAGCAGGACGUCCGCAAGACCGAGAGGAACCGCAAGGAGCUGGAGGCUCAGUUGGACGAAGCCACGGCAGAAGCCUCCAAGGAGAAGAAGCUGAAGGAGCGCAGCGAGGUUUAUGCCAAACAGCUGGAGGCCGAGCUCCAACGCCUCAAGGGACGAGGAGCGGCGGCGGAGGGGCCCGAGUCUCGGCAAGAGCCGUCUCGGCUUUCGGCCGAACUCGACAAGAAGGUGCUGUUCUACGAAGAGGAGUUGCUGAAGAAGGACUCUGAGAUGAAGAAGUUGCGCAAAGACCUGCGUGACUCGGAGGGUUUGCAGUUUGCCGCCAACAAGGAGAUCGUGCAGCUUAAGGAAAAGCUGGAAAAGGACAAGCGGGAAAGACAAGCGGAGAUGGACGACGCCAUGGCCGUCAUGAAGGAAAAACAAGAACGGGAGAAGAACCUCCUGAUGGAAGAAAACCGAAAACUCGUCACCGAAACCGACAAGUUGUGCUCCUUCGUGGACAAGCUGACCGCUCAGAAUCGGCAGCUGGAAGACGACCUCCAAGACGCGUCGUCCAAGAAGGAGAGCGUGGCUCACUGGGAGGCUCAGAUCGCCGAGAUCAUUCAAUGGGUUAGCGACGAGAAAGACGCUCGCGGUUACCUUCAAGCCUUGGCUACAAAGAUGACGGAGGAGUUGGAGACGCUGCGCAGCUCCAACCUGGGCAGCAGAACUCUGGACCCCUUGUGGAAGGUGCGUCGCAGUCAGAAGUUGGACAUGUCGGCCCGUCUGGAGCUUCAGUCGGCUCUGGACGCCGAGAUCCGAGCCAAGCAGAUGGCCCACCAAGAGCUGCGCAAGAUCAAAGCCGCUAACAUGUCCCUGGAGAGUAAACUGAAGGACUCUGAGGAGCGAAGCAGCGAGAUGGCGUCGCAGAUCGAGUAUCUGAAGAAGGAAAUGGAGGACGGCCGUUCGCGAGCGGACAAAGCGCUGAACCUACCGGACUUCCAGGACGCCAUCUUUGAAUACUUUAACACGUCUCCGUUGGCGCCCGACCUUACCUUCAGAAACGUGGAUAUGGACACCGCCCCCACCAGAUCCCAAAGCAAUCCCCCUUCGUCAGCUUCGGACAACGAGGAUUUGAAGUCCGUGGCGGUGAGCCCUUCCCCAAGCUACCAAAGUUACUCUGGGAGCGCGCCCAAGCCCAAAGCGCACCAGCUGAGUAUCAAGACCUUCUCCAGUCCCACGCAGUGCACCCACUGCACGUCUCUCAUGGUGGGGCUGAUGCGACAGGGCUACGCCUGCGAAGUUUGCUCCUUCAUCUGCCACGUGGGCUGCAAGGAGCACGCCCCCCUGGUGUGCCCCAUCCCGGCCGAGCAGGCCAAACGACCGCAGGGCAUCGACGUCCAGAGGGGCAUCGGGACCGCCUACAAAGGAUACGUCAGGAUUCCUAAGCCCAGCGGCGUGAAGAAAGGUUGGCAGCGAGCCUUCGCCGUGGUGUCCGACUGCAAACUUUUUCUUUACGACGUCCCCGAAGGCAAGACCACCCAACCCGGGGUUGUGGCCAGCCUGGUGCUGGAUCUCAGGGACGAGGAGUUCUCGGUCAGCUCCGUCUUGGCCUCGGACGUCAUCCACGCCAACAGGAAGGACGUUCCCUGCAUCUUCCGGGUGACGUCGUCGCAACUGAGCUCGCUGUGUUGCGUGUCUCUCUUGGUUCUGGCUGAGAGCGAAGCGGAAAAGAGGAAGUGGGUGCGCAUCCUGGAAGGUCUCCAGAGCAUCAUGGCCAAGAACUCGCUCAAGAACCAGCAGGUCCACGUCUUGCACGAGGCCUACGACGCCUCGCUACCCAUCAUCAAGACCACGCUGUCCGGAGCAGUCAUCGACCGGGAGCGGAUCGCCCUGGGGACCGAAGACGGACUCUUUGUGGUGGAGGUGACCCGAGACGUGAUCGUGCGGGCGGCGGACAGUAAGAAAGUCUACCAAAUGGAGCUGUUGCCCAAGCAGAAGAUUUUGGCGCUGCUGUGCGGGCGAAACCGCACGGUGCACCUUCACCCGUGGGGCCUGCUGGACGGCAGCGACGCGGCUUUCGACGUCAAACUGAGCGAGACCAAAGGCUGCCAAGCUCUGACCGCCGGCUUUCUGCGGCCCGGCGGACCCGCCUGCCUGCUGGCGGGCGUCAAGCGGCAGGUGCUUUGCUUCGAGAUCACGGCGGCCAAACCCCACCACAAGCGUCUGUGGGAGGUGCAGGCCCCGGGGACGGUGCAGUGGCUGGGGAUGCUUCGCGAGCGCCUCUGCGUGGGAUACCCAUCGGGCUUCGCGCUGCUGGCCCUGCAAGGCGAAUCGUCGCCCGUGGGCCUGGUCAGUCCGGCCGACCCGUCCUUGGCCUUCCUGGCUCAGCAGCCCCUGGACGCCCUGCACGCCGCCGAGGCCGGAUCCGACGAGGUGCUGCUCUGCUUCAGCCAGCUGGGCGUCUUCGUGGACGGGCAGGGACGCCGCUCGCGCACGCAGGAGCUCAUGUGGCCCGCCACGCCGCUGGCGUGCAGUUCCAACACCUCGCACCUGACCGUCUACAGCGAAUACGGCGUGGACGUCUUCGAUAUCCAGACGGCCGAGUGGGUGCAGACCAUCUCCCUACGCAAGAUCAGACCUCUGAACGCGGAGGGGACGCUCAACCUGCUGAGCUCGGAAGCGCCGCGCCUCAUUUACUUUAGCAACACCUCGUCGGAGGGGGACCUGACCAUCCCGGAGAUGUCGGACCACAGCAGGAAGCUGAUGGUUCGCACCCGCAGCAAGAGGAAGUUCCUCUUUAAAGUUUCCGACGAAGAGCGACUUCAGCAGCGGAGGGAGAUGCUGAGAGAUCCCGAACUGCGGUCCAAGAUGAUCUCCAACCCCACCAACUUUAACCACGUGGCCCACAUGGGCCCGGGGGACGGCAUGCAAGUUCUCAUGGACCUCCCCCUGGUCGGUGACGUGGCCCCCCCCUCCCCGUCUCCCUCCCCUUCGUCGUCGUACUUUCGUCACACCCUCAUCUCCUCGCCCUCCAACUUUGAGCACGUGUAUCACAUGACGUCGUCGUCGGCCGGCGUCUUCUUGCUGAAAGACUCGGCCUUCUCCUCCUCCCAGCAGAGCCUCCUGCAGCCUUCUUCCUCCUCCUCUUCCUCUCCCUCCAUCUCCUCUGUGGGAAGGGGGGUUUUGUCAUCGUCUCAAGAGGACGCGGUGAAAGAGAGGCCCCGCCCCCUGUCCGGCAUCUCCCGCCAUCAGCGCAGCAAAACGCACAUGACCCGCACCACCUCAGACUUUGGGGGCGGAGCUUCGCCGGCGGGCGGCGCCCAGGAGGCGGAGCACGAGGCCGAGCGAGAGGCUGCGCCCGGCGGCGAAUAUUGCGUGGAUCUCUCCUCCGACGCCUCCGCCGAUUGA